AUGGAUUAUGAUCAACAAUUAUUUAUUAAUCAACGUAGUUCAAUAAAAUACACCGAAGGAAAACUUGACGAACUCAAUUUAACUAGUAAAUCUUCUACCGGAACCAUCAACGAUGAAAAUGAUCUGGAUUUGAAGACAAACAUCGUUCAAUGUUUGAAUGAAGAAGUUCAAAGCGUAAGACCGUUUAUCCAAUCGAAAAGUGACGAUCAAAUUGUACCAAAGAGAUCCCUCUUUCAUUUGAUUAUUCAUGGAUCAAAGCAAUUUUCUUCAUACAAAUAUCAAUUUUAUCCUUCUGAAGGAUCCUUAUUAAACGUUAUUCAAUGGCAGAAGUUAAUUAGCUGGAGUGGGAAAAAAGACUGGAAAUUGUUGUACAAAGGAAGUCGAGAUGGAUUUCAUUGCAAAGAUUUUCAUCGUUUAUGUGAUAAUCAAGGAGCGACGAUAACUGUGAUUCGUACAAAACAAGGAUACAUUUGUGGAUUUUCAAAAUGA